AUGGUCGCCGCGCUGGGCCCCGGGGCCACGGCAAGGCCGCGCCGGCGGCGGGGCCUCGCGGCCGCGGCCGCGCUGGCUGGGGUGGCGGCAGCCGGCACAGCCGCAAGAGCGUUGGCGAGCGCCUUGGCUCUGGGAGGACCAGCGCGGCCGCCGGCUGCCGCCCGGCAGGCGCACGCGUGCCGCGUCCCCGCAUGCUGGCGCCCCAUCGUUGCCGCCCGGAGGGCCCGCGGCGGGGACGACGAGGAGGUAGAUGUCUGGAAGCAGGCCUAUCAGCUGGAAGCCGACCGAAUGGACUUGAUAUCCGAGCAGCUCAAGACCGAGUACGAGAGGCUCGGCGAAGUCAGUCAAAGUCUCCAGCAGGAGUACGAGGGCUGCAUCCUGGACCUCGACUCGGCGCCGGUGGCGCCAGAGGCAGAGGCCGCAGGCGAUCAGUGGGCGAACGCAUACACGGAUCUCCGCCGGUGCAACGAGCAGUCGGAGCUCAAGGUGACGGAGAUGCGCGCCAGAUUGCAGGGCACCAUUAUAGAGGCGGCGGAGUCCACCACGCCCGACGUGCGGGGCGACUGGGGCCCCAUCCGGUAUAAGGGCAUUACCUUCAAAGACAUUGUCUUCCCUCGUUUCUUCGCGGAAGCUGGAUCGAAGGUGUAUUUUAUCGAACUGGAAAUGCCUCUGGGCCUCAAGCUGGAGGAGAGAACGCUGGCACGUGAAGGUUCCCGUGCCGUUCGAGCAGUCGAGGUCGCCGAGGUCAUGCCUGGCGCCAGCGCUGCCGAGGAUGGUCGCAUCCGGGCUGGCGACAUUGUCCGUUGCAUCACGGCGCCCAAGAGGCGCGUCCCGAGCGACGAGGCUGGCGACGAGGCGGGCGCCUUCAGCGAGGGCGAGCAGACGAAGGCAAUGCUCGUCAUUCCGACGGAGUCCUCGUUUCCCUUCGAGAAGGUGCUCGAGGAGAUCGCCGAGAACAGGAACGUGGACGGCUACGUCGGACUGGUGUUGGAGCGGCCGCUGGGCGACGACGAGGAGCAGAGGCAGGGCGAGAAGGGGCGCGUGGAGGCGCAGCCAGCGGGCAGCACGCGCGGCCGCCCGUCGCCGGAGCCCCCCGCCGGCCUCGCCGCGAGGGAUGGCGAGGUCUCGCUGUUUGGCCGGCCGGCGCCCCUGCGGUGGGCCCCUGGCGGCCGGCGGGCCGCCGCGGCGUGCGCCGCCGCCGCGCGGGGCGGCCUGCCGCCGCGGCCGCCCGCGGGGCGGCUCGCGGCCGGGCGCGCCGCGGGGGCGCUGCGAGCGCGCGCGGCGGGCCGGCGGGCGGUUCCCGGGCAGGCGGCCCAGGAGGCCAUGGACUGGGUGCAGCGGUACAUCAUCCUGCCGUCGGCGGCGACUUCUGCCCCUGGGCCGCGCGCUCGGCGGCCCGCGGGCGCCUGCACUGCGAGGAGUUCCUGGGCGCCCGCGCCUCCGAGGCGGCGGCCCGCGUGGGCGCCGCGGCCCAGCGGCUCGCGGCCGCGGGCCCUGGGGAGCUGCACACCGCCCUGGUCGUGUGCCCUCGGGUGCCGGACCCGAGACUGGGAGGACUUCGACGUCUUCGACGCCUACGUGCAAGCCUGGAACCGCGGCCGGCCCUUCCCGGCGGGCACGCGGGGGGGCACGGCCGUGGUGCCCUGCGAGGGCCUCACGGACGACCAGCGGCAGCGCAUCGUGGCCGAGGCGGUCUCCGAGGCUCGCCGCGACUGCACGCUCGUGGCGUUCCACCCGCGGUUCGCGCGCUGGCUGCGGCCCGCGGGCGGCUUCCGGGUCGGCGACACCGUGCGCAUCGACUUUUUGCAGAGGCGGGUCCUCCAGGACCCCACGUUCCCCGGCGAGCUGGCCGUGGUAGCAGACCCAGGGCUGGAGGAUGUCGAGGUCGGCCCGCGCGAGGUGUGUGCGCAGCUGGUCGGCGGCAGCGGUGCGUCGAGCUGGGGCCUCGACUGCCUCGUCCCCACGCCGGCCGCGCUCCCGAUCGCCGACAACGAGAUGCACCGGCGAGCGACGCAGAACAAGCGGGGUCGUCUGCGCCGUCGUGAGCUCGCAGGCUGCCCGCAUAAGCUCUCGCGCAGGUGUCCUCACGUCGCGCUGCACCUCCUCCGGAGGGCCGACCUGAGCGGCGAGGGCAUCAUCCAGGAGGCCAGCGCCAUGCGGCUGAGGAACAGCAGGAAGUGCUCGUCUGCUGGCGGGGCCCUCGCGUCGGGAAAAUCCUCCUGCCUCCUCGUCCGUCCUAUCAUUCCUCUGAUCAUC